AUGGGGAGUCCUGCACUCUGGCCCGCGCUGCUGCCACCAGUGUUGCUGCUGCUGUUGAGCGCCCCGCCGAGCCUCGGCUUUCCAGGAUCGGGAGACUCACCGCUAGAAGAAGUUGAAGCUGAAUAUUCACACACUAGAUAUAAAGACACCCUGUGGUGUUCCCCCAUCAAGGUGAAGUAUGGGGAUGUGUACUGCAGGGCCCCUCAAGGAGGGUAUUAUAAAACUGCCCUGGGAACCAGGUGUGACAUUCGCUGCCAGAAGGGUUAUGAGCUGCAUGGCUCUUCCCAGCUGAUCUGCCAGUCAAACAAACGGUGGUCCGACAAAGUCAUCUGCAAACAAAAGCGAUGUCCUACCCUUGCCAUGCCAGCAAAUGGAGGGUUUAAGUGUGUAGAUGGUGCCUACUUCAACUCCCGGUGUGAGUAUUAUUGCUCUCCAGGAUACACACUGAAAGGGGAGCGGACAGUCAUAUGUAUGGACAACAAGGCCUGGAGCGGCAGACCAGCCUCCUGUGUGGAUAUGGAACCUCCUAGAAUUAAGUGCCCAAGUGUGAAGGAACGCAUUGCUGAACCCAAUAAGCUGACAGUCCGGGUGUCUUGGGACACCCCCGAGGGAAGAGACACAGCAGAUGGCAUUCUGACUGAUGUUAUUCUAAAAGGCCUCCCUCCAGGCUCACAUUUUCCAGAAGGAGACCACAGGAUCCAGUACACCGUUUAUGACAGAGCUGAGAAUAAGGGCACUUGCAAAUUUCGGGUUAAAGUAAGAGUCAAACGCUGCGGCAAACUCAAUGCCCCUGAGAAUGGUUAUAUAAAGUGUUCCAGUGAUGGCGACAAUUAUGGCGCCACCUGUGAGUUCUCCUGCAUUGGUGGUUAUGAGCUACAAGGUAGCCCUGCAAGAGUGUGUCAAUCUAACCUGGCUUGGUCUGGCACGGAACCCACCUGUGCAGCCAUGAACAUCAAUGUGGGCGUCAGAACAGCAGCUGCGCUUCUAGAUCAGUUUUAUGAAAAAAGGAGACUACUUAUUUUGUCCACACCCACAGCCCGGAACCUUCUUUACCGGUUGCAGCUGGGAAUGCUACAGCAAGCACAAUGCAGCCUGGACCUUCGGCACAUCACUGUGGUGGAGUUAGUGGGCGUGUUUCCAACCCUCAUUGGCAGGAUAGGAGCAAAGAUUAUGCCUCCAGCCCUAGCUCUACAGCUCAGGUUAUUGCUGAGAAUUCCACUCUAUUCCUUCAGUAUGGUGCUAGUGGAUAAGCACGGCAUGGACAAGGAGCGCUACAUCUCCCUGGUAACACCCAUGGCCCUCUUCAACCUGAUUGACACUUUCCCCUUGAGAAAAGAGGAGAUGGUCCUGCAAGCUGAAAUGGGCCAGACUUGUAGCAACUGACGUGAUGAUUCCUUGCCUAGUGGUUCCUCUUCUCUUUCUACAUAGCGCUAUGCACACAGGAAAGGCCUUAAAAAUAUCAUUGAUGUACAGAUUUUUAUUUGUAAUUUUAAAAGUCUAUUUUAUUAUGAGCUUUCUUUGCACUUGAAAUUUAGCACAAUGCUUUGUGUACUUUGAAGUCUCAAAGAUUAUAUAGUAUGAUAUUACUCUUUCUGGCUUUCAUUACUCUACCAUGAAUGGUUAAUUCUAGAGAAUUUAGAUACCAUAACCAUACAUAUAUUUUCAACAUGUUAUUCAGCAUAACACUUAACUCUUUUAUAUGUUGUUGUUUAUAUAAAACUAAUAAAAUAUUUUGGAGCAAAUUUA